UGCUACUGAAACGUUGAGUGUAAGUUCACUUGAGUAGUUGAGUAUCAAUUCUUAAUAUUUCAGAUUUUAAUGUUCAAUUUGAAAUUUCAGUAGUAAAGCUUAAAAUUUGAGCGGUACUGUUAAAAUAUAGUCAACAUAGGUAUAGUUAUAUAUAUAUAGUUGUUUUCUAAUAUUUUCUUUAAUAAUCCUACAAACAAUUUCAAAUCACUUAAUAUUUUCUCAUGAGUGUUAGUAGCAUACUAGUCGCACAAAAAUGUCCAACAAUGACAGUAAUGGAAGUUCGCCAUCUGGAGCUGCAAGACCUUCUCAUCCACAGUUAGACAUGCGUCAAGAAGCUGCAAUAACAGAAAAAAGAAGACAGCUAAAAUUGGCUAUCCAAGGAACACCCGGUCCUUCAUUUGGAUUCAAUUCUCCAAUACCAAGCUUACAGUCAUUAAAAUUUGAAGAAGAUAAUAAAUUAUUAAGCAAUGGAUCCACAUCAAAACAACCAAAUUUACCUAGAGUACGGUUAUCUAAUACUGAAACAAUGACUGAAAAGUCACGAUACAGAUCCAUAGAACGUACUAAAUUACGAGAAAGACUAAAAAUGUGUCAAACAAUACAAUCCACUGGAAAACUACAACUUUCUGAGAACAAGGUAUAUGAUUUUACAUCAGAUGAUUUACAAGAUUUAGGAGAGAUUGGCCGAGGUGGUUUUGGAACUGUGAACAAAAUGUUGCAUCGUAGCAGUGAUACAGUAAUGGCUGUUAAGAGGAUAAGGUCUACUGUUGAUGAAAAUGAACAAAAACAAUUACUAAUGGAUUUGGAUGUUGUGAUGAAAUCUAAUGAAUGCCCUUAUAUUGUACAAUUUUAUGGAGCACUUUUCAAAGAAGGAGAUUGUUGGAUUUGUAUGGAACUUAUGGACACAUCAUUGGAUAAAUUCUAUAAAUAUAUCUAUGAAAAAUUAAAUCAACGAAUACCAGAAAAUAUAUUAGGGAAAAUAACUGUUGCGACUGUAAAAGCAUUGAAUUAUCUUAAAGAAAAAUUGAAAAUCAUUCACCGGGAUGUUAAGCCUAGCAAUAUUCUAUUGGAUUCUCGAGGAAAUAUAAAACUAUGUGAUUUUGGUAUUUCAGGGCAGUUAGUGGAUUCUAUAGCAAAAACUAGAGAUGCUGGCUGCCGCCCAUAUAUGGCACCGGAAAGAAUUGACCCAGUUCGUGGUCGAGGAGGUUAUGAUGUCCGUUCAGAUGUUUGGUCCUUAGGUAUCACUCUAGUUGAAGUUGCUACCGGGCGAUUUCCAUAUCCAAGAUGGAGUUCUGUUUUUGAACAACUAUGUCAGGUUGUUCAAGGAGAUCCACCAAGAUUGCAGACUUCUAACAAUUUUUCUCCUAAUUUUGUGAAUUUCGUUAAUACUUGUUUGAUAAAAGAAGAAAAUCAAAGGCCUAAGUACAACAAACUGCUAGAACACCCAUUCAUAAAACGUAGUGAUGCUGAAAGCGUAGAUGUAGCUUCUUAUAUUAGUGAAAUAAUGGCCGCAAUGGAAAAUGAUGGUGCAUUUAUGUACACAAUGAAUGACCCUUGAUAGUAUUUUUAAAGUACACAGUCCAUAGGUACUUAAUAAAAAACAAGAUUUAUUUAGUUUCAAUCAUCUUAUCCAGUCAGUUAUAAUUAAUUUGGUUCCAUAUUUCCAUGAAAAUUUAUUUUUUCCAAUAGUUAUGACAAGCUCCCAACAAUUCUUUUAAAUAGUUUUUGACUUUGGAGUUUUUGCUUUCCAGAAAAAUUAUUUUAACAGCAAAGUGGCAUAUUAUUAUUAUUAUUUAUUAUUAUUAUUAUUAUUAUUAUUAUUGUUGAUAUUUUAAUACGAACUGAGUAACAUAAAAUCCAUGAAAAGGCAGUUUCUUUUUGUCCUAUUAAAUUGUGAUGACCUGGUUUUCAAUUAAUUUCUGUCAGUUUAAAUUAACCUUGUGGAGGGUAAUCAUUUUGUAUACAAAUCCAGUUUAGAAGUAAGUUACGUUAUGUAACUACUAUUUGUAGUAUGGAAGUUAUGAUUAUUGUAUAUCAGACAGAUUUGUGUGAUCGGGCUAAAAGUUCUAUUUUCUUCUACCUAAUUGGUUAUUUAGUAAAUCUAAUUAAGUCGCAUAGGUCAAAGUUUUAUUAUUAGCAAACAAUUAUUUAAGCGUAACCAAAAUGAUUAAAUUGAUAUAUUUGAUUAAACAAAUUUUUAUAAAUUAAUUUGUGUAUGUAUUGUAUUUUUACAUAGUUUUGCUUUUAGUAAACUUAUAAUAAAUCGAGCUUGUUUUACACAAGUCCACAUAGUGCCUUUUUAGACACAUUUUGUACACAAGUUCCGCCAAAAUUGGGCCCAAAAUAUAAUUUAAGAUAUAUAAAGAAGUAACACUUUGUUUCUAGUUUUGUACCCACUACUGUGAUAAUUAAUGUUUUUUGCAAAAUUAUCUUCUCUUGUGUAUACAAGUUAUAUGUUUUAAAUUUGUGUAAUCAUGUAUUAUAUUUUAAUUGAGUUAUUAUUUUUCUGUUCAAACUCAAAAAAUACAUCUAAUUAUUUUAUUCCAUUUUUGUAUUUAAGUAUUGGUUGUUACUGUUUAAAAACAUUGACUCCUACUAAAUGUAUAUAUUUUAGUAAACAUUUCUAAUAAACUAAAAAUAUUUUUGUUUAAAUUGAAAUUUAUACUAAUAGAUGAUAGUUUUAUCAAAUACAAAGACAUAAAAAAUAUGUCAAUGUUAUUAAACGGUUGAAAAUAAUACAAAUUAAUUUUUGCAAAUUAUUAGUGUAAUAUCAAUUGUAGCCUAUUAUAUUUUUUUCAUUAAUUUUGUAUAAUUUUAUCAAAUACUAAACUAAAAUAACCAUCACAAAACACAUAGUAGGUAAAUUUAUUGUAACCGUAAUUUAUUUUCUAGAUAAUUAUUAAUUUGUCAUUGAUUAAAUUUAAAUUAACUAGUUCAAACUGACUUUCUGGUAUUUAUUUAUGUUAAAUAACUUAUUACAUAUUUACAUCAUUGCGUUUAUUACAGUAGUACUGUUCUAAAAUAAACUCAUUAUAAAAAACAAAUAGAUUUAUUUAAUAUAAUGAAGUAUGGCCAAGGUUGGGCACAAAAAUUAAUUUUUUCAAUCCGUCAUGUUAAAUUAAUAUAGACAAAUAUAAAUUUAAAAAAUGUAACUUAAAUUAUUUAAUCAGUUACACAGUUUUUUAUAUACAAAUGCACAAUUUUGAAUUACACCAUUUUUUAAACUUAAAAAAUAGCAUAGUAAUUUAAUAUUGGUCUUAACAUUUAAAAUUUAAAUUUAGUUGCUGUAGGUAGGUACUUCAAUAGUUUAAUUAACGAUUCAAUGAAUCCAACAAAAAAUAUUUAACUUGUUAAUGCCCAGCCUUGGUAUGGAUAUAUUAUACUCGAAUAUUUUAGUGACAAUCAAGGCUUAACAAUUAAAAAAAAUUAUUAAUCAAAGCCUAUUUAAAAGAAAUAGUACUUAACUGUAUGACUAUAUAAUAUAUAUUUAUAAAUCAUAAAAAAUAUAAAUACAAUUACAAUUACAACGCAUAAAAAUAUUACUGCUAUAUUGUCAAAAUAUUUUUCCAAUUUAUAUUUAUUGUAAGCGUCAAUUCAACUAUCUUUAGAUUAUAAUUAAUAUAAUGUACUCAUUAUUUAAAAUAAAAUGUACUGAUCCAAA